GGGACUCCGCAGUCAGCGCCAUGGCUGCCCGUGCUCCUGCGCUCCCGCGCUCCCUGCUUGCUGCCCUUCUGGUGCCCGCGCUGGUGGCACUACUGGUGUCGCCGGCCUCGGGUCGCGGAGGCCGGGACCACGGGGACUGGGAUGUGGACAGGCGAUUGCCUCCGCUGCCACCCCGCGAAGACGGGCCGCGCGUGGCCCGCUUCGUGACUCACGUCUCGGACUGGGGCUCGCUGGCCACUAUCUCCACGAUAAAGGAGGUGCGCGGCAGUCCCUUCGCGGACAUCAUCUCAAUCAGUGACGGUCCUCCGGGAGCAGGCACGGGCGAGCCCUACAUGUACAUGAGUCCACUGCAGCAAGUCGUGAGCGACCUGCAGGAAAAUCCAGAGGCCACGCUGACUAUGUCUUUAGCACAGACUGCCUACUGUAGGAACCAUGGAUUUGACCCCCAGAGUCCUCUGUGUGUUCAUGUAAUGAUGUCAGGAACUGUGACCAAGGUGAACGAGACAGAGGAGAGCUAUGCAAGGGAUUCGCUGUUUGUUCGACACCCUGAGAUGAAGCACUGGCCUUCCAGCCAUAACUGGUUCUUUGCUAAAUUAAAAAUAGGCAGUAUCUGGGUCCUGGACUACUUUGGUGGCCCUAAAGUAGUGACACCUGAAGAAUAUUUUAACGUCACGCUGCAGUGAAGCAGGUUAUGACGGACUGAGUCACACCAGCUAAGUGUCUUCGGAGGCUCAUGCACACUUGAAGGGCUUGGCCCUGCCUGGGACAUCUCCAGGCUGUCAGCUCACUCUGCCACCUCUUCUUUCGAUGUUGCUUGCUUGUGUUAACAGAGUGUUGUCCGUCAGAAGAUGUGGUUGCUGGAUUUAAAAAAAAAAUGUAUUUUGAAGCCAUUUUCAGAGAAAAAUGCCAUUCAUUAUAACCAAAGAAGUUUUCUUUCAGCCAUUCAUUUCAGCUUUUCCUCAGUGGUGCCCACAGAAGGGCGACACAGACCAGCUGUAGAUCGCCCAUUGGCUCUGGAGGAACAGAGGAGCAGGUGCUUUAUGCCUGACAGCCACUGUGCCUGAGGGGUGCUGUCCUCACACAGCUGCCUCAGGAGCCUGUCAGAGUGGGGAGGCCUGGGCAGAGCGUGGGUCCCGGAUACAGAGUGCUGGAAUGAAUCCUUCAGUCGAGGACAGCAAUGGCCACCCAGGGAGCUUCCCACUCACGUACGCCCGUAUGACUGAUCCAGCACAAGGCAAAACUGGGUCCUCUAUAAAACUCCAUAAAUGUCUUACAUCUUAAAGUCCCAGGACAAAAUAAGUCAAAAAGAUUUUCUCGUAUCCAUUUUCCACCUAAGUAGACUGUAUAUUUAUUUCUCAUCCUUCAAAACACACACACACACACACACACACACACAGGAGCUGGUGGGGUGCAGCUUUCUUCGUAGAGUGAUUGUGUAGUAUGAGACCAUAGCUCUCUUUCCCAACAUUGAAACAAAAUAAUAACCAGAAAUAACAUUUUUAUUUGCAUAAAAAAGGAAUUGCAGGAAUUUUGCAUAUGUUGGGUUCCUUUUUUUGACCCCGCACCAACCAUAAUCCCAGUCCUUCUCGGGCAUUCUGUAUGUAUCUCCAGGCUCCUGGCGCUGCAGCCCAAGUCCUCUGUGGUAGAUACCUUGGUACCAUGGCAUACAAACAUACAACAACAACAACAACAACAACAAAACAUGUUUCUGGCCUAGAGGGUUGGCUCAGCAUUUAAGAAGAUUGCUCUAGCGGGGACCCAAGUUCAGGAUCUGGUCAGAGUCAGACAGGCACAACGCCCAUCAUUCCAGGAAAUCAAAUACCUCUAGCCUCCGAGGUCACCUGUACUCAAGUGCACGUACCCACACAGACACACACGGACACAUAAUUGUAAACAUCUUUUCUUCAGAAGAGGCACUACUUAGUUUUAUUAUGUGUAUUCAUGCUCUUGGAUGACAUAAGAGUCCUUUUAAUAAGUGUGCAGUUCAGGCGGCUGACUUCUUAAAUAGCAAAAGAGUUGAACAUGAGCCAUCAUGUUGGAGAAAGAGAUAGAAAUCCAGCAAACGACUUCACGGUAAAAACCCACUAAGCAGCAAGAAUCCUGUUUUUUCAAAUCGAUAAUUAAAAGCUUUAUUCUAACAA